ACGAAUCUGCAGAGAUGCUGAAGGAGCCGCGAUCAUAAAAGGGACGUUUACCAAAACACGGCACCGUUUGUGCUUGUGUCAGAGCAAAGGGUAAACACAUGGAUAACCGUUCUGCGUUUUACACCAUUUAAGGUCUUCGACAUGAUUAUAAAUCGCAUUUUGUGAGGAUUUUAAACCACACCCGGCACUGUGAGGAUCGGGACUGAGUGGGCACCACAGGGCUCCAAUGCCAGUCCCCGGUUUCCUUCGCUGGUGUUAGGAGGCAAGCUCACAGCAGAACCACAGACAGGAUGAGCGGAGGAUUGGAGCAGAUAGACAUCCUGUCCACGGGCAUUCUGGUGAAGGAACGAUGGAAAAUAAUGAAAAAAAUUGGCGGUGGCGGCUUUGGCGAGAUCUACGAGGCUCUGGAUUUGAUGACCCGCACCAGUGUAGCUCUGAAGGCAGAGUCCGCUCAACAACCCAAACAGGUCCUGAAGAUGGAGGUGGCGGUGUUGAAGAAACUUCAAGGGAAAGAUCACGUUUGUAGGUUUGUUGGAUGUGGCCGCAAUGAUCGCUUUAAUUAUGUCGUCAUGGAACUUCAGGGCCGUAAUUUAGCGGAUCUUCGGAGGAGCAUGAACCGUGGCACUUUCACAGUCAGCACUACACUCAGGCUGGGACUGCAGAUACUGGAGGCCAUCGAGAGCAUCCAUUCAGUGGGCUUUUUACACAGAGAUAUUAAACCAUCCAACUUUGCCAUGGGGCGAUUCCCUAGCACAUGUCGAACUUGCUACAUGUUAGACUUUGGUUUGGCGCGCCAGUUUACAAACUCCUGUCAAGAAGUCAGACCGCCACGUCCUGUUGCAGGGUUUAGGGGUACAGUACGAUACGCCUCAGUCAACGCACACAAAAACAAGGAAAUGGGAAGACAUGAUGACUUGUGGUCUUUAUUCUACAUGCUGGUGGAGUUCUUAGUUGGUCAGUUGCCCUGGAGGAAAAUCAAAGACAAGGAGCAAGUGGGGAAGUUAAAAGAGACGUACGAUCAUCGGCUUAUGUUGAAACACCUGCCCCCACAGUUCACUGUCUUUCUGGACCACAUCAGCAAUCUGGACUACUUUACCAAACCUGACUAUCAGCUGCUGAGAACUGUUUUUGAGAAUAGCAUGAGAACCUACAACGUAGUGGAAAACGACCCAUAUGAUUGGGAAAGGAUAAGCUCAGAUAGCCCAAUGACAAUCACCGCAAUGGCAAACACACCCCAGCACCACACACGCCUCACACCAGCUCAGAUGGGCAUUGUUAAUAACUCCUUGGUGCCUGGAGAUCUUCUCAAGGAGAACACUGAAGAAGUUCUGCAAGACGAGCAUCUUAGUGAUGGUGACAAUCCUCGGCCCGAGCAUCUCCUUGGAUCUCCGAAACUUCCUCUCAGGAACCAAGAGAUUGAUGUCUGGGAGGACUUGGACCGCAACCGGAACAGAAUCAGUUCUGCUGUCUUGAAGAUAGGAACUGAUGAUGAACAUAGCAACCAAGGCAAUCAGAGCCCCCUUGCUGGGCCUAGCAUUGGUUCGCCAGUGCGAGUUCGCUCAGAGUUGGUGCCCUCAGAUAGAGACACUCCCCUUCUGAGGAAACUGCGCAACAUCCAUAGCUUUGAGCUGGAGAAGAGAUUAACUUUGGAGCCCAAACCCAACACUGAGCGUUUUGUAGAAGCUUGUUCUGGGAAGCAGCCACCUGGUACAGCACAGGAACGAGGCGCUGAUGGUGUCCCUGGCAUGGCCAUAUCCAACGGAAGUCCCACUGAGCGUGUUUGGCACUACGACGAGGAAUUCCGCUCUGGCUCACCCAAGCCUGCCUCGCCAGGAUCUCCUGAGCAGGGUGACGGUGCAGCCAACAGUGGCUUUGUCCACCUCAGCUCAGGUCUGCAAGAUGUUGAGCUGCGUGAUUGGGUGAUGAUCGAGAAAGCCUCUGACCUGCAGGACUUCAAGGAGUCAGCAGGAAGCAGCCCUGGACAUAAAGCCAAACUCACUAGUAGCCCUUCAGAUGAGUGUGAAGAGGAGCCUGAGGUUUUGCAGCCAAUGGACGAAUCUCCGGAUAAAGAAUCUACCCCUAGUGCUGUUCAAGAAGACGUACACAUGCCUCUCACAGUCGGUAGCCCACAAAGGAUGGACCGGUUGGAACUCAGUGUAUUCCCAGGUUCUGGUGGACCUCCUGUAACCCCCACCAGCCCUGGUGAGGCGCUGGCUGAAGGAGCCCUCACACAGCUUCCAACCUCUCCUGCAUCCCAACCCGACGAGCUUGUGGCAAGGACGUGCAGCCCUCUGCACUUGCGUUCCCCCAGCCCACACACCCUCCUAACCACCCUGUCGGACCCCCUGCACCAGCGCGCUCCACCUGGGAUACGCCGUAGCCAAUCUGCAGACCACCAAAACCAUCCUUCCUCCUACACCUCCUCGUGCCACGGCUCACUGCCACUACCUUCCCAGCCCCGCGCUGCCCAUUCACCUGGACGCAGGAAACUUCCUGCCAUUCCAGCAACUGCCGCAAACACCAAGUUCCCCUCAGUCAUACGAAUCACCCGUGCACAGCUUCAGCAGCUGACAGCCCAACGACCCUCUGUGAUGUCCUCGCAAUGUGCAUCCGACUGUGUUUCACUGGAGAGGCGUGAUACUGACAAUGGUAACAAUGGGAUGCAUCCACAAGACAACACAGCUGACAUCAACUCCCCACAGGAGCAGGCUGCUUUCCAACUCACUAGCCUUGCGAAUGUCGAGGCGGAUCCUUUGGUAAAUGGGAAUGGCCAUCAGAAACCUUCAAGCCCAGUGCCAAGCCUGAUCCCAUCUCCACGCACACCUCCUUCUCCACGUAGUCCGAUUUUGAUAAACGGCUGUCAUACGCCACCUUCAGACACACAGAGAAAUGGCAACGAGCAGAUUCAAGUACUGAAAGACCUCAAGAGUGACUCUCUAAUCCUUGAGCAUGUGAAUGAUCCCAACCACUUCAUGCUGGAGGAGGGCAAGGAGAAUGCUCGCGCUACUAACGGACACUCUUCUCCAGCCUCCACUCCCAAACAAGACCCCAGUCGUCGGCACAGCCGCAUCCCAGUGUUAGAACCGUCUAGCCUUCUGGAUCCCCCACCGGGAUCCGCUAAAGAGAAGCUGCUCCAGAGGAGGGUUCACCAAAUUCCACUCUCCCCCUCUGCUUCCCCAUCCCUGUCCUCUGACAGGCGGGCCAUCAUGGUUGCCAUGCAGCGGGACCAGAUUUCUUCUGCGUCUUCUGAACGCUCCCAAGACGACGAGUCGCUUAUGGGAUCUCGUUCUGAUCGUCAUGGAGAUGACGCCCUCUCACUGUCCUCAUCCUCCAGCCCACUUUUACGAAAGAGCAAGAUACCUCGGCCAGUUACCCCUACAGCUAGCAUGGAAACCCUUACUGGACACUUCAUGCCUCGUCCACCACCAGGCAAACCUCCUAGCCGCUCCACUGUGGAUGGAAGGCUGCGGCGAUACAGGAUUCGUGCCGGCAGCACCAGUGACUCAGACCUGCUAACCUGUCUGGCCCAGCUAAUGCACACCAGCUCACCCCGUGGCUCUCCGCAGCACAGCAGCUCGUCUCCGCAGCAUGUGAGCGCCAGGCAUGUUUUCCAUCAUCUCCACCAGCGCAGCUCCAGCGCCUCCCCCCGCAGCUCGUCCUCCCUGCAGCGCUCCGUCAGCUCCUCCCCGUCCCGCCACGAGCACCGUGGAGGCUGUCUGGGCCGCAGCCGAUCUCCUCCUAGUUUCUCGGGCUCGCCUCCUCAGCGCCGCUCUCAUCCACACGCACAGGACGGGUGCUGCGCGAGACAGGCCCGCUCCAUCACUAUACACACCCAGCGGAGCAAAGCUGGCGUCAGGUGCUCAAGUAAGCUGAGCAGAUAGUCAACCACAGGCUUCAGACCCAGAAGACGUGAAUGGUCAAAUAUGUGACGUACUUUCGCUUUCCCUCCAUCAGUAGCCUCAAUUUUAAGACUUUGGCUUUGGCUUUUCAGAAGAAUCACGAGAGUUUAUAGGUGAUUGUGAUUGGCUGGAUCUCUAGUGUUUUAGCAUUUCUUUCAUUUCAAACAUUCCAGAGCUUUUAUGAAGAUGAUUGUAGGGAUUGUUGGGAGCUCGGCUGUACUAUAGUAUUUAUUGUUAUUUAUUUCUCCAAGCAGUGGCAGGUACACUGAAGAUCAUUAACUCUUCCCAUGCUCUGUGCUUUGGCUACUGUCAGCAUCUAAACUUGACCUGACACACAGGGGCUGUUUACAUAUGGUCACUCCAUUUGUUAUUUUAACAUAGGCUCAUUCUGAAAACGUCCCCCAUAUACAUGAUCGUGAAUUAUGUAGCCAGAAGGUUGUAUGGCUGCAUUUCGUCUU